GCCGAAGCCGAGAUACAACUGGUCUUCCCUCCGACACAACUCGGGCGGAAGAAAGAGUGAGAGCAUCGUUGUUUUGUGUUUGGUUUGGUUUGGUGUGGGAUUUGAUUGAUUGAUUGAGAGAAAGCAUCGUGGUAGUGGUGCCAUUUAGUCAGUUAUUCACGAGGGGGAGGGAUUUAGUGUUGUGUUGCGUGUUGUUGUUGGUGGAGGAGGAGGAAUUGGAGGCGGAGAUGGCGAGCGUGGGCAGGGCCAUGGGCAGGUCCUUCCUGUCCACCACGAGGUCUGCGCUGCGCUCUUGCAAGGCGAACGGUGCUGAAGCAGUGGGAGGAAGUAUGAAGAUGGGGAAGAGCAGCCCCUGCUCUCCCUCCUCCUCGUCCGCUCCCUCACCGCCCGCGAGCUCCUUCUGUCAGACGCGGCGCCCGGCGUUACACUUCUUCCGCUUGCCGGGGGAGAUGGCAGUCUUGCAAUCGUUGCUUCCAUUGCACAGUGCGAAUGCGUCGUCUCGCUUGGUUGCGCAGCUGAGCACAACGGCCGGAGCUUUCUUUCAGGAUGACUGCGAUGACACGUGAUGGGCGCUUGAAUCCAUACAUUGAUGCGGCCUUCUACAUGAAUGUGAGAGUUGUCCCCUUGCGUUUCCUCAGUUCCUUACGAGUAUUCGGUUUGUUCAUUCGAUAAUAGCAUGUACAGUAUCCUCGCUCUGUAUGUGGAGGUUCUCACUCGAUUUAUGAGAUUGAACGCAUUUGGUUUUAUGUCUUCCCUGAUGUACCUCUCAAAUGAGAUUCCUUGGAGGAGAACUUGCUGUUCAUUGUUGUUCAUUCCACCCAUGCAAUACCUCGAGGUGGAGCUUAUAUCCAUAGUUUCUUUGAAGUCUUCUAAGAACUUUCUCUCUAGUUGAUAUUCCUUUGUGUUUAUUGCUUCCUGUGUUCACUUCUUAACUUGCAAUAUAGUCCCCUAAACGCUUGUUUAUUUUAAGGUAAUCGUACUUCUUAUUUUGCAUGGUAGUACGUUUUCGAGGGCACUGCUUACAUGAAGGAUUUGAUAGAUAAGUUAAGUUGUUCUUGCUUCUGUCAGGAGGAGUGUGGCUUAUUGACGAUAGCUGAGGUGCAUUUUAACUUCUUGACCUUCAGCUUGUUGGUUGUGGAGCUGACCUCCGUUCUCUCACUCGUCGUUUAGAAGGAUUCACCUAUAAUUGGAGGUUGUAGAUAUGUUUUAGAAAUUUGACGCGGUAACUGUUACUGUAGUAGAGAAGUUAUUUUUUUUGCUAUUCUCGUUUUCCCAAGCAAGGUCAAAGUUUUCAAGGAGAAUGUGUGCUGGGACUUGUUGCAACUCAUGGUUUUUUAUUUAUUGAUUUAUUGUUUGAUCCCUGCAUGUUCUGCCAGAGAGCUAUUUUCAGAGACAUAGUUUCUGUUUAUUUAAAUUUAUGUAGGAAAGAUACAUCUCAGGGUUUUUGUAGAAUGGGAUUUGUAGUUGAGUAGUGAAGGUGGUGUUCUUGCUUCUGUCAGGAGGAGUGUGGAUAAUUGACGAUAGUUGACGUGUCUUACGACCUACUUGGAACGUUCGAGAAUAGUCUGAGUGAUCGAAGGAGGUUGUUGCCGUGCCAGCCCAUUUGAGAUCUCUGAAACCAAGGUGAGGUAUUCGCUGGGAUCACUGAGGUCAGCGAGUGCGUUGUAACCCUGGUACAUUUGGAAGCUCGUGGAGUAGAAUUUAUGUUUGUUAGACCCCUGCCUUUUUCAGUAGCUUGGCAGUCUAUCAUUCAGUAGGUUUUAGUGUGAGAAUGAUUUGAGAUGCCAUUUUCUCUACGCGGCUUGAGUAUCAAUUUUCAGAAUGAGCAAACAAUUUUCAAUCCUGAACACUUGCACAUGUUAUCACUUUGGUUUUGGAAACGGACUUUCACCGAUUCGUUGGAAUCAUGUAUCUAGUCCUCUGUAAACAUGUACAGUUUUUCCAA